CACCGCUACUUGCCGAAGAAGGCAUGGGAGGAGAUGAGCGAGAAGGAGAAGGAGGAGACGGACGCCAAGAAACAGGAGGGAGGCAAAGAGGGCAAGCAACAUGUCGCCAACACCUCCAAAGCUGCACAAGCGAAGAAAGACGCUACCAAAGAAGGUGAGAAGAAUGGCUUCACCAAGAUCGAGAAGAAGAGCAAGACGGACUGCACCACACAAUGGGACGAUCCAGACCACAUGGAGGAGGAUCAACGAGCAUACCAGAAGUUCUUGGAAAGCAGCCGAAAAUCCAGGAGUCCCCCGCAGGACGAUCAUCCGGGUCAAAAGCGAGGACGCGGCGCAAAUAUAGAAGCUCCCAGCAAGAGACAGAAGAGCACAGCUAACAAGCACGAUAAGCCUAUUGGGGCUGCUGGCGACAAAACCCGUGUGCCGAAGAAGGGCCAGAAAGUUCAAUGGCAUUCACUCCCUGGCUAUGUUGACGGCGAGGUUGUGGAGGUUCUGUAUGAGGAAAAGCAGGUCGAUGGCAAGAAGGUCAAGGCAAGUAAAGAGGACCCCAGGGUGGUUUUGAAGAGCGACGCGUCGGAGAAGAUUUGUGUACACAAGCCCGAGGCAGUGUACUUCGAUUAGACGCAUGGUUGAUGUCACUCAGUGGAGCUGGAAGCACGUGUCCACGGGUGCUCGGAAUAGCACGUGACAGGUUCAUCGUGUCAUGUUCGUUAUUCGGCGUCGGUGCAUUGGGAGGUGCCGUAGCAUGUAGCAGCAGUGCUGUUUGUCAACAAAACCUAGUCAAUUACUCCAGACUUGAUGCACGUCGUGGCCCAGGUGGCGAUUAUCAGUAGCGCAGAGCUAGCGUCGUGAGGGUGUGAUGCGGCACUUAAACCCAGGUAUUUGCUUGGAUGCAUCUAACGUCGAGGUCUAGAAGUGGUUCACCAUACGAAGGUCGAAUAGGAAGUGUACGGAGCGGGCAUAGCAAGCUGCUCGCUCCGCUGUGUGUACGGUCUAUAUGACCGCCGACAAGACGGGCUUAGUUGCAGACGUAGCGGGCCUGGGCCGCAUCCAGGCAAGACGGGGAAGGAGCAGAGGUGCAUGCGACGAGG